UGCGCAUUACUCACCUCCACACCACAUUUCCCCGCCUGGAUUCCCUCCAUCAAACCCUAUACAGUUUACCGAUUCAAUGUAAACACAAAAACGUGGUGUUUUUACGCAUACUACCUGCAUUUAUUCCGGGAUAAACGCCUCUGGUCCACUUGGAGAUUUAAAAACACGUUGUUCGCCUGCAGAGUCGGAGGUCCGGCUGAGGUGGAAGCUGCGUCUCUAACCCUGGUCCCUGCUCCUCGCUCACUAUGGCUAGUGAAGAGAAGAAACCAGAGACUGAAGCGACUAAAACUCCGACGGCCUCCGCUGCUUCGGCCAGCCAGAGCAAAUCCGCACCCGCGAAGCCUAACUACACACUGAAGUUCACCCUAGCGGGCCACACAAAGGCGGUUUCCUCAGUCAAGUUCAGUCCAAGUGGAGAAUGGCUCGCCAGCUCGUCUGCUGAUAAACUUAUCAAAAUCUGGGGCGCGUACGAUGGGAAGUUUGAGAAGACAAUAUCCGGACACAAACUUGGGAUCUCGGACGUUGCCUGGUCCUCUGAUUCGAACCUCCUGGUCUCAGCAUCUGAUGACAAAACCCUGAAGAUCUGGGACGUGAGCUCUGGAAAAUGUCUGAAAACCUUGAAGGGCCACAGCAACUAUGUGUUCUGCUGCAAUUUCAACCCUCAGUCCAACCUCAUCGUGUCUGGAUCAUUUGACGAGAGCGUCCGGAUAUGGGACGUUAAGACGGGGAAGUGUCUGAAAACGUUGCCGGCUCACUCGGACCCGGUGUCUGCGGUCCAUUUUAACAGAGAUGGCUCUCUGAUCGUGUCCAGCAGUUACGAUGGCCUGUGCCGUAUUUGGGACACAGCGUCAGGCCAGUGCCUUAAAACACUCAUUGAUGACGACAACCCCCCUGUGUCCUUUGUGAAGUUCUCCCCCAAUGGCAAAUACAUUCUGGCUGCCACGCUGGAUAACACCCUGAAGCUUUGGGACUACAGCAAAGGAAAGUGCUUGAAAACGUACACCGGUCACAAAAAUGAGAAAUAUUGCAUAUUUGCGAAUUUCUCCGUCACAGGUGGCAAGUGGAUUGUCUCAGGCUCAGAAGACAAUAUGGUUUACAUCUGGAACUUGCAGACUAAGGAGAUCGUACAGAAACUGCAGGGUCACACAGAUGUAGUGAUCUCGACCGCCUGCCACCCGACAGAGAACAUCAUCGCAUCAGCAGCACUAGAGAACGACAAGACCAUCAAGCUGUGGAAGAGCGACUGCUAAGCUAGAACACGUGCAGGCUUUUAUUUUAUUACUGUUCCUUUUUUUUUUUUUUUUUUUUUUUUUUUUUAAAAUUUUGUAUUUUUCAUUUUUUUGGGGAAGAAGGACAUUUUAUUAUGAGGAACACGAGGUCAGGCCAUUCGUGCCCCAUGAUCACGUGUUCUUGGCAGGAAGCACAGCGUACGCACGUGUCCAGAGCAGCCGACGCAGAGAGACUUACGUUAAAAAAAAAAAACACACCACUCCUUUUAACCGUCUCUGCCCUAAAAUACUUUCCACUCUCUUUCUCUGUCUAUGUACAUCUCUGCCUUACCUAAAUAUGUGUUUGAAUUAAACCCUCAGCGCUGAUACGUGUAUAUUUUGGUCUUGUAGAUCUAGGCAGCUUUGAUUCCUCUUCUAUCUAACAGGCUUUCUGACUUGUUCUGUUUUGUAGAUUGUGUUGAAUAUUUUUUUUAUUUUUUUCCCCCCAUACAUUUAACUCGAGCCAAAAUUGAACCAUUCAAUGUGUUCGUUCAUUCGAAAAUUCACCAGUUCUCACACAUGAAGUGGUCUGGUCUGGUUAUUGUCUGACUGCCAGUGUUUAUCGUGUGCCUGAUUUAAAUGCCAUUUUAAGGUGGAGUUUAUUAAACCAGCUACAACAGUUAGAGCCCAUGGUGUGAGAUGGUAUAAAGAAGAAUAUUUUACUUUCACUCAUUUCUCUUUAAAGAUAAAUUCCACCCUGGAUGAAUUAUAAUCUCUAUAAGUAACGUGAUCCUCGGUUGUGUCCAAGAUUUAUUUUUGUUAUGAAAUACUGAGUUUUUUGUUUAAACUUUUUCAUUGUUGGGGUAAAAAGUGCUUUUUCUACUUCACCCACAAUGCUGUUUGACUGCAGUCUGAUCAAUUAAUCUCUACCUAGUGAGAGCGAUGCGGCAGCCCUUUAUUCCUUCUCGCAAUUAACGUGCUUGAGGGUGGACUUUUUCUUUAAUAUUCACGCAUUUUCUACAGAAAAGUGUUGUCUCAGACGUCCUGAUCCUUCAUGUUCGUGUACAUGGACUUUUUUUUUUUUUUUUUACAAUAUGAUGUGAUCAGCGCAAACGGUUUUGUCCAUCGGAGGGUUUCGUAUUUGUGUAGUUGGUGUCACACAAGCCAAAAAAGAAACAUUUCUGAUUUGUGCUAAACAGUUUCUACAGUGUUCUGGGUUUAUUUCAAAGUAUAACGCUCACGCCAAUUUCUGGAGCGCUGCUUCCUGGAAAUAGUUUAGAAAUGAGUCAUUCGUGAGCUGUAAUGGUCUAGGUAAUGAUCAUCGUGUGUGGAAAAUUGGGAAUAAGAACUCCAGGUCCUGCGGUCACAAGUUUAAAAAAAAAUAACUGUAGGUAAAUUUACUUGCUGUACGACUUUCUGAACCCGUGAUCAUGUGUAAACCAGUUCAGAUUGUCAUAACCGGUAUGAGACCUGCGUUCGUUCAUCUCCACCAUGCACACUUGGGUUAUUUUCUGCUCAGACACAAGUUGUUAAAGGUUGCUUUAUAUGUUUGUAGUUUCUACAUUUUUGUGAGGGGGGGGGGGGGAAUGGUGACCAAAUAUGAAGGUGGGCUUUAACACUGCCUCAGGUUUGUAUAACCUCCAUUCAGCUUCUCGGUUUAACCAGCGCUCUUUCUUUGUGGUCUUACUGUGUGUGCAGUAGUAAUAAUGGUGGACGAGUGUUGUAUUUUCCUGCGACAUGAGCGUUGGCGUUAAUCCAACCUCUGUGUUCUCUCUCUCUCUCUCUCUCUGUGUGUUGACUUUCAGUGUGAUCACAAGGGCUGCAUGAGAAACUGGACUUUAACCUGUGACUCAAUAAAGUUGUUCGUUUUUUUUC